AUGGAGAGCUCUGCCAAGAUGGAGAGCGGCGGUGCGGGCCAGCAGCCCCAGCCGCAGCCCCAGCAGCCUUUCCUGCAGCCGGCAGCCUGCUUUUUCGCUACGGCCGCUGCUGCGGCGGCGGCGGCGGCGGCAGCAGCCGCGGCCCAGAGCGCGCAGCAGCAGCAGCAGCAGCAGCAGCAGCAGGCGCCCCAGCUGAGCCCGGCGGCCGACGGCCAGCCCUCAGGGGGCGGUCACAAGUCAGCGCCCAAGCAAGUCAAGCGACAGCGCUCGUCCUCGCCCGAACUGAUGCGCUGCAAAAGGCGGCUGAAUUUCAGCGGCUUCGGCUACAGCCUGCCGCAACAGCAGCCGGCGGCCGUGGCGCGCCGCAACGAGCGCGAGCGCAACCGCGUCAAGCUGGUCAACUUGGGCUUUGCCACUCUGCGAGAGCACGUCCCCAACGGCGCGGCCAACAAGAAGAUGAGCAAGGUGGAGACGCUGCGCUCGGCGGUGGAGUACAUUCGCGCGCUGCAGCAGCUGCUGGACGAGCACGACGCCGUAAGCGCUGCCUUCCAGGCUGGCGUCCUGUCGCCCACCAUCUCCCCCAACUACUCCAACGACAUGAACUCUAUGGCUGGCUCGCCAGUCUCAUCCUACUCCUCCGACGAGGGCUCUUACGACCCGCUCAGCCCCGAGGAGCAAGAGCUGCUCGACUUCACCAACUGGUUCUGA